AUGCAGUCACACUGCACUAUCUGUCUGGAGAAUCACCCGAUAGACGUCUUCCGCUUUUUGCCGUGCGGACAUGGAUUUUGUGUGGAAUCUCUUACAGGAUAUGUCGGGAACAACGCUGGACCGCGUGCCCCGAAGAAGACCUGCCCAAUAUGCCGUGAUCUAUUUCGUCUGCAUGAUGUUCAUCCCAUAUACCUCGUCACGGAUCACGCGCCAUCGCCCCAGGGACAGCCAAACAUAACAUCAGAUACUACAGACUACGCGGAACACCACCAAGUACGCUACUCAAAGGCCGCGCUAAAGCAGGCCAACCACGUAGCUAGAGCAAUCAGAGAAGUGGACGCGACAAAAGUCAGUGCUGAGCAAGUGCGCGAGUUAGGAACAAAAGUGGAAAAGGUCGCAGGUGGACUAGGCGGAGGUUCGAGCCACGUAGAGACAUUGCUCUCUGCCAUAGCAGACUUUUGGAAGCGCAUCGUACCGGUUGUCGCCACGGCGUCUGAACAAGAGAAAGAGCUUAAGGCACUCGGGGAGGAGCGGCGCGCUAUUGAGGUGGAGAAUAGGCGGCUACGGGACGAGGCCGACAAAGCCCGACAGCUUGCUAGCCAGGCCGUUGAUACGGCUGACCAGGCGCACCAUGAAGUGGUCAGAUGGAGGGAGGAGAACGACAAGCUCGGUAAGCGCUUCACGGAGAAACAGACAGAGCACAGCGAGAGCCUAGCUACGAAAGCUCAGGAGAUAUCCGAUCUGAAGGAUAAGCUGCUCGCGCAUAAAAAGAAGGAACAACAACGAAUAGAGAAGAUCAACAAACUCAAAGAACAGGUGGAGGAGCAAGACAGCAUCAUUGAGGACCUCCGACGCGCAGCUGUUCGCACUCCUGUGAAACCACAACGGCAGUUCUUGCUAGAUCCGAGUCAGUUCUCAAGUCGGUCGACUCAAGAAUCUAUUUAUAUUGCUCCUUACACCGACGAGAACAUAGACUCAGAAUUCGACCUCGGGCUGGAAUACGUGGACCUCGCAUCACCACGUCCUCUUCCGUCACUUUUCCUAGAUGUGCCAGACACAACCAUAUCAGCACAGCGCCCAAAGUUCGCGUCGGACUGGACUCUGGAUCCACCUCGGAAACGCAAGCGCGAAAAUUCAGCGACGACGUUUCCGAUACAGGUCGACGCCAAAGGGCAGGUGAAGGGCAUAGUGCAGUUGGGAUCAAGACAAAGACUGAGCUUCAAAUAA